AAUCAAUUGUAGACGGCAGAACCUGAAAAAGAAGCUUAAAACUAAUACUUACCUAUACUUAUUUCUAUAUAUACCUUUUUUACUUACCUACUAUGUAUGAUGAUAUACUUCUUAUAUAAAUAAAUCUAUACUUACGCAUUGAAUGGUGAGCGCGAGCGACAUGCUAUACUAUAUAUAUACAUACCAAGAUGCAUAGAUGCAUACGUACCUGUAUCGAACCCAAUUUAGUUGCUAACUGACCACUGUCACACACAGACGCUGUCCCUCGCGGCCGCUAUACCUAUUUUUCAUUUAUCAUACUUACUUGUUUUUCUCCUGCUACUCUUCUUCCCUGCACCCCUUUCACCGUCUACAGUCUACAAAGUGGUCUUCGAGCCCGGAUCUGGAAAUUACCUGACCGCCGCGCAAGAUGGUGAACACCCGCAGAAAUGUAAAAAAAGAACGUGAAAAGCAGGAACUUGAUAUGAAACGGGCGGAGAAGGAGGAAAGUGAUGUGAAGCAACUCACUAAGGAGUCUACCGAUGAAAACUCAAAGAAAAACGUUAAGGAAUUCGACAAGACUUACGUAGCACCCGAUCCAGGAGAGGGUACUUCAAAAAUGUUUUUGAACCCGGCUGAUAAAGAGCCCCAACACCCAUCCGGUUCACGCUGUAGCAAUCGCUCGAAGUCGAAGAAUUCUCCGUCGUUUAAGAGUACAUUAUUGGAUGAACGCAAAAAUUUAAAAAUAAAAGCUGCUGAAGAGUUAGCUCGCAUACAAUCGGAAUUGGUUCAAAAGAAACUAGCGGCAGAUCUAGCAGCCUUGGAAGAAAAAUACAGUCACAUAUCGUCGUCGAAGUCAAGUGAAAAGAAGAGUAAUGGAAGUGAAAUUGUGAAGUGGAUCGACCAAGGUCAACAAGUGCUUCAACAGGCUCGCGAGGAGGGUGACGUCACUAGCCGCCCGCCGGCGCCUGCCGCCAACGACCCAGAAGCCACCGUGUCUAUGCUGGCACAGGCCCUCAAGGAUCUCACAGCUUCCACCUGCAAACAAAACAAUAAUUUAAUUAGUCGUUUGAGUACACCGCGAGAACUACCUACCUUCUCCGGUGAUGCUAUGGAGUGGCUAAACUUCAAACAAUCCUUUGAUGAAUCUACGGAACUCUGCAAUUACAGCACUAAAGAAAACAUGUGGCGUUUGAGGAAAUGCCUCGUCGGCGCGGCACGAGAAGCAGUAGCCGCAUUACUUACCAGCGGUUCGUCGCCCGACACCAUCAUAGCAACCCUCCAACUGCAAUUUGGAAACCCAGAAUUAAUUAUAAAUAAAAUCAUGAAUGAUAUCAAGAAGAUACCUGCAUUACCUCAAGAUUAUAUUGGGGACCUCGUGAAAUUCUCAAUAAAAAUUAAAAACUUCAUGGCAGCAGUGAAAACGCUCAACCGAGAUGAGUACCUAAAAGGCGUCAGUAUUUGUACAAUCGUCUUAUCAAAGUUACCGACUGCCUUACUCACUAAGUGGUCUGAUUAUUAUUAUAAACAAAAAGAAAUUAAAGGCGACAUCAAGCUGAACAAGUUGGAAUUAUUAUCACAGUUCCUCUCAGAAGAAGCUACAAAAAUUACUGAAUCUGGUAUCAGUUUACUAAACAUGAAGCAAAUAAAUUACAGUGCUGAUAAAAGUGGAUUUAAACAACAUGCAGUUUGUACGACAAGUCAACAAACAGAAAAAUGCAAGUUUUGCAAGUUAUCCCCUCACAGCCUACUUAAUUGUAGGCUAUUUAAAAAGUCGUUACGCAAAGAGCGAUGGAACUUUGUGAGAAAUAACGGAAUUUGCUUUAAAUGCUUAUCAGCUGAUCAUGAUAAGGACACCUGCCAAGCGCCGAUGUGCGACAAGGACGGCUGCGCACAGCCACACCAUGCACUACUUCAUUACCCUAUCAACAAACAAGCCCCGAAGCAAGUUCACGCCGUGGAUGUUAUCGCCGAAGAUAAGGAGGUGGACCAGAUGGAGCCCGAGGAAGACUCACAAUCCUCACAGCCCGAAAGUGAAACCGCGUCUGAGAACAGUAUUGUGGCGAACGUCAGUGAUAAUAACAACAAAGUAUUUUUAAAAGUUGUUCGUGUCAAUGUUCACGGUCCUAAGGGUGUGAUCACAACGCACGCCUUUUUAGACGACGGGUCGGCAAUUUCAUUGAUUUCGGAAAACGUGGUAAAUCGAGUGGGGUUGACUGGAAAAACUCAAAAUUUGCAUUUACGUGGUGCCUGGAACUCUGGAGAAAUCUUGUGCAAAUCGGAACUAGUGGACUUAAAAAUAUCAAACGUGGACAACGAAUGUUUUGAAUUACGUGCUCGGAAAAUGGCGGAACUGAAUAUACCAGUGCAAAAGUUAUCUAAAAUAAACAUUAAAAACUACGAACACUUAAGUGAAUUAAAUAACUACUAUUAUCAAAAUACGGAUGUGAAACCGGAACUAUUGAUCGGACAAGAUUAUUAUCACCUAAUUAUGCCUUUAAAAAUAAUUUCGCGUGAACGGAACGAACCUUGUGCUACGUUGACUGUUUUGGGAUGGUGUGUGCACGGCCCUAUAAAUCAAGCCCCGUCAAAGCAGCGCACUGCAAGCGACAUCCUUCUCGUGUCUCGCUCUCCCGCGCGCGCGCAUCGUUCUCUCUCGCUCGCUCCUGGCAAGUUAGGCGCAUCACCCGUUAUCAAUGAAGCCGGCCGCCUUACCUACGAUAACAGCGGCCUGCCCGGCGCCAGCGCGCACGCCGCCCCUGCAAGUACAUGUGCAUCAGCCGUGUUGCCACCGGCCGAGCAAACUUGUUUUGAUGAAUCUGCAGUUUUAUUUAUUGAUGCCAGCGAGCUCGCUGAUAAUUACAACGCAGAUGUGUUAUUACACGAAACAGUGAGAAAUUAUUUUAACUUAGAAAGUGUCGGAGUAACUUCAAAAAAGAGAGAAAAUAAAGAAGAACAACAUGCAAUUUCUAUUUUGAAUGACACGGCGAAGUUAAAGAAUGGCAGAUGGGAAGUGGGACUUCCCUGGAAAAGUGAAGAAAAAUUAGUGGAAUCUUACUCAACUGCGGAAAGAAGGUUAAAAUCCGUGGAGAAGCGAUUACGAAGUAACGAAGAAUAUGCUUCGAGAUAUCGCGAGCGAAUAAGACAUUUAUUUGAAAAUGAUUACGCAAGAGAAGUAAAACCGGAAGAAAGUGGGAAUAGAAUUUGGGUAAUUCCCCACUUUGGAGUGGAUAAUCCGAGAAAGAAGAAACUGAGAUUAGUUUUUGACUGUGCUAGUAUUUCUCAUGGAAAAUGCCUAAAUGAUUAUUUGCUUCAAGGUCCUGAUUUAUUAAACUCGCUUUAUGGGAUUAUGUUACGAUUCAGAGAAAACCCCAUAGGAAUAACGGGUGACAUUCGUGACAUGUUUCUAAGAAUUAAAAUAAGAGAAGAAGAUCAACACGCCUUGAGAUUUUUAUGGCGCGACAGUCAAGAUCAACCAAUAAAACAAUAUGUUAUGACGUCACUUUUAUUUGGAGGAAAUUGCAGCCCAUUUAUUGCACAAUUUAUAAGAGAUAAGAAUGCUCAACAAUUCAUCGAAACUAAGCCUAACGCCGUCCGAGCUAUUAUGCAUAGUCAUUACGUAGACGAUUUCAUAGACUCGCUGCCCACAGAAAGCGAAGCGAUAAAUAUUAUUGAUGAUGUUUCUACGGUGCAUAAAUUCGGAGGAUUUGAGAUACGUGGCUGGACAAGUAACAACAAAAAUGUUUUGUCACACUUACCUAAAGAUCAAUUAAGUACUAACGGAGAAAGUUUGCUGGUAGAUGGCGAAAAUAAAACUCAACGAACUUUGGGAUUAUUAUGGGACCCAUCGCAAGAUACUUUGGCAGUUGAUGUGUCUCUUAAAAACAUACCCGAAGACAUCCUGGAAUUCAAGAAAAUGCCGACAAAACGAGAAAUUUUACGCAUCACUAUGUCAAUUUAUGAUAUAUUUGGUAUAUUGGCACCUGUAACAAUAAAAGGAAAAAUAUUACUAAAGUCAAUCUGGAAGACCGCCCUAUCGUGGGACGAUAAAAUAUCUGAAGAACUAUAUAUUGAAUUUAAACACUGGAUCACCGACCUAAAGAGUGUUGUGCACCUCAACAUACCAAGAUGGUAUUUUACUACGUCUGCAAAUUUCAUAACGAGUGCGAAAGAGACAACUAGCAUUCUGGAACUUCAUAUGUUUUGUGAUGCAGCGCCGACCGCCUUCGCAGCUGUUGCAUACUGGAGGCUUGUGAGUGCGAACGGAGAUGUGUGCGUGUCCCUUAUCGCUUGCAAAAAUAAGAUUUCAUCAAUGAAAAGAUUGUCUAUACCGCGUUCGGAAUUAGAAAGCGCAUUGAUAGCGGCGCGCUUAGCUAAAACUAUAAAGGAUGAACAUCGACGGACGGGUGAGGACAGUCCAUGUAAAAACAAAAUCCCGAGUGUUGGUGAGACCAGCAGCUCGCAUAGUACGCCUACCAGUGUGAGUACUGCCGAAGCAGUACUGGGCGGGAGAUUGUAGACGGCAGAACCUGAAAAAGAAGCUUAAAACUAAUACUUACCUAUACUUAUUUCUAUAUAUACCUUUUUUACUUACCUACUAUGUAUGAUGAUAUACUUCUUAUAUAAAUAAAUCUAUACUUACGCAUUGAAUGGUGAGCGCGAGCGACAUGCUAUACUAUAUAUAUACAUACCAAGAUGCAUAGAUGCAUACGUACCUGUAUCGAACCCAAUUUAGUUGCUAACUGACCACUGUCACACACAGACGCUGUCCCUCGCGGCCGCUAUACCUAUUUUUCAUUUAUCAUACUUACUUGUUUUUCUCCUGCUACUCUUCUUCCCUGCACCCCUUUCACCGUCUACAGUCU